AUGGCCAGCGAGAUCGCGGAUCUCAACAGCCGCGAGGCGCAGAGCGUGUGCGAGGCUCUGGGGCGCUACGAAGACACGCUGCGCGGCGCUGUCAGGGAAAUCCACAUGGACAUCCAGGUGUUCAAGCAAGGGGUGGGCCGGCAGGUCGAGGAGGUGCUGCGUCUCGCCAGUCCGCUGGCGCGCACCGUCUCCGAGCUGCAGGAGGAGAACUGCCGCCUGCGGGCGCAACUGGAGCGCUUGGCCCGGCAGGUGGAGGCCCUCGGCCGCUCGUCGGGGCUUCUGCAGGAGCAGGUGCUAGAGGCAACGGGGAGCCCCCCGGCCACGGGGCCUGGCUUGCCGGGGCCCGAGCUGGCCAGCAGCAGGUUCUCCAGCCAUGCAAAGCUAGCAGUGACUGGCCGCAGUCAGAGCGUAGACCUGGAUGACCAUCACAAACCCGAGUUUAGAAGAGUUUUUAGUUCUUCCAUCAUUGAAAAUGGGCAUCAGUCUUCAGCAGAUCAGGCAAAAAUGCCCCAUGAACUGACCUCUUUUCACAUGGCAGGCUCUUCUCCUGAAGCUCAUGCUCCUGCAGUUGCUUUACAAAUGCCCCACCUUCCUGUUACUGGCAAGAACAAAAAUGAGACUGUAGUGAAAACUUCCCACCAGUCAGCAAAUGCCUGGAACUCAAGUUCAUUGAGAACGAUGGGUUCAUCUGCUUCUGCAGCCAAAACCGCUUGUGUCACUAAAUCUGUCUCAGCCAUGAGCUAUGGAAUGAGUAGUGGAACCAAAACUAGUGAAAGUGCCACUGACAGUUACUAUGAUGUAACCCCCAAGUCUUGCUCCCCUCCUCCUACUGUACCUCGCCAAGCCGAAAGGAGGCGAGAACUGGUUCGAUCUCAGACACUUCCACGGACUUCAGGAACACAGGCCAGGAAAGCACUUUUUGAGAAAUUUGAACAAGACAGUGGAAAAGGAAAGGGAGAAUCCAGAGCUAAGCUGAAGAGGUCGCAGAGUUUUGGUGUUGCCAGUGCUAGCAGCAUUAAGCAAAUUCUUUUAGACUGGUGUCGCUCAAAAACCAUAGGAUACAAGCACAUUGAUCUCCAGAACUUCUCCUCAAGCUGGAAUGAUGGGAUGGCAUUCUGUGCCCUUGUGCAUUCUUUCUUUCCUGAAGCUUUUGAUUACAAUAAGCUUGACCCAGCUAAUCGCAAGCAGAACUUUGAGCUGGCUUUCACCAUGGCUGAGAAAAUGGCUCACUGUGAUCGUCUUAUAGAAGUGGAUGACAUGAUGGUGAUGGGCCACAAGCCAGAUCCCAUGUGUGUCUUCACCUAUGUACAGUCUCUGUAUAAUCAUCUACGUCACUUUGAAUGAAACCAUGGCCAUCUCUCCAGCCAGAACGGUCAAGUACAUUAUACUAGUGGGAAGACUGGUGUUUUA